AUGCUUGGAUUCGUUUUUCCUCAACACGGCGGAACACUUCCCCUGGUUCUCUCGCCCAGUGCCAAUGAGGAAUUAUUACUAUCUGCUGCCUUCCCAUACCUGGCAGCUGGUGCUAACCCCCUGCUGCUGGAUAUUUUUGAGGCGGCGCAUAGCCUAGUGCUUGUAGUUUUUGCUGUGCCCCACAAUUCAGAUUUAGCGGCGAAACACUUGCCUUUCUACAUCGACAAUCUCUUUGCUGUGUUCCCCGAAAACCUUUCAGCGCGUCAAUUCCGCCUCGCGUUCAAGACCGUCAUCCAAGUCACCACUCCUCCAUCUCCGUUAGCUAAUAGUCAACCACUCCUUCCAUCUGUACUCUUGGAAGUCGUACGAGACCAUGCGAUCAAUGCAUCAUCGACGCCUAUUUCGCCUACGCCACAAAACACUUCAUCCAACGCGCCCAACCUAGGUGACGAAAGGCCCCUAUCCGCUCAAGCCGUGCUGACCUUGGCUCUGAUCGACGCGCUCUCAUUCCUUAGGGUAGAUGACCUCAAGGAAUGGCUGCCCCUCACAGCUCAGUUGAUAAAUGUCAUUGCGGAUCGCCAGAUGCGCAACGUCUGCAUUGAUCGAUUCUGGGAGACUCUAAGUAAUGGGGAGAUGGACGUUGACCGUGCCCACUGUUGUGUCAGCUGGUGGAGUACCGGGGGCGGACGCGAGCUAGUUCUCUUCGGGCCAGAGCCAGCUCCUGGGGCCCCAGAUGCCGAGAAUGGGCCGUUUAUGAGUGGUGCCGUUGGUGGGGUGGCGCCGGAGAGUAAAUUAUAA